ACACAAGUAAUAACUUCAAACAGACAGAAAUACUGAUAUAGAAAGAAUGUCUAGUAUGUUUCAAAAAUUGUGGGUGGAACUGUUUUACCAUCCUUUCUCCCUCGUUGCAUUACUCUUUGUAAUACUGUAUUUCUACAAGAGUCACUUUUUCAAACACGCAUCUAAAAAAAACCUACCACCUUCGCCACCAAAGCUGCCAAUUAUAGGGAACCUUCAUCAGCUAGGCCAUUUACCUCAUCAUUCACUCCACUCAUUGUCUCAGCGACAUGGCAAACUUAUGUUAUUCUACUUUGGUAACAAACCAACCCUUGUUGUAUCAUCUGCUGAUGGUGCUCGAGAAAUCUUUAAGACUCACGACACUAUAUUCUCUAGCAGACCUCAUUCACACAUAAACGACGUUAUAUUUAACGGUUCUAAGGAUGUGGCUUUUAGUCCUUACGGAGAAUAUUGGAGGAAUAUGAGGUCUAUUUGUGUUAUUCAUAUCUUGAGUUUGAAAAAAGUUCAAUCUUUCCAGAAAAUAAGAGAAACUCAAGUUUCUUCAAUGGUUGAAAAGAUUAAGAGAUGUGAUUCUUUAUCAGAAGUGAAUAUGAGCGAGAUUCUUACAACAUACACAAAUGAUGUGAUAAGUUUGGCAUCAUUUGACAGGAAGUAUAGUAGUCAUCAAGAUGGUGAUGUUGAUUUGAUGAAGCUUGUUGAUGAGGGCAUGAAAUUACUUGGGGCUACUUGUGUGGGAGACUUCGUACCAUGGCUUAGUUGGGUAGAUCGACUCACUGGUUUGGAAGGUCGGUUGCAAAAUGUAGCUAACCAUUUUCAUAAUUUUUUUGAUAAAGUUAUACAACAACAUCAAAACCGUCUAAGCAUCGACGACCAAAUUAUUGACGAUAAUGAGUUGAAUAAUUCGGUCAACGUCCAAAAUUUUCUGGACAUUUUGCUUCAACUUCAGAGGGAAAACAAAGAUGUUCUUACAAUUGACAGUAUCAAAGCCGUUAUACUGGAUAUGUUUAUGGCUGGGACUGAUACAAGUUACACACUAAUGGAAUGGACGAUUGUGGAGUUAAUGAGGCAUCCAAGAGUAAUGAAAAAGCUGCAAGAUGAGAUUCGAAAAAGUGUUGAGAACAAGAACAGGAGGACAGUAAGCGAGGAUAAUUUAGAAGAUCUAAUAUAUCUUAAAGCUGUGAUCAAGGAAUCACUAAGGAUGCAUCCUCCGGGUCCUUUAUUGAUGCUUCGAGAGGCAUUAGAAGAUGUUAAAAUUAAUGGUUUCGACAUUAGUCAAGGUACACAAGUGAUUGUGAAUGCAUGGGCUAUCCAGAGAGACCCGAGUUUUUGGGAAGAACCUGAUGAAUUUCGUCCUGAGAGAUUCAUUAACAAUACUUCAUUUGAUUUCAAGGGGAAAGAUUUUAACUUUAUUCCAUUUGGAGCAGGAAGAAGAGGUUGCCCUGGGAUAUCUUUUUCCGUUACUAGUGCUGAGUUUGUUCUUGCAAAUCUUAUGUAUCACUUUGAUUGGAAAUUUCCAGAUGGAAUCGAUCUUCACACUUUAGACAUGACUGAAAUCCCGGGCCUCACGGUUCGUAGGCGAGAUCCUCUUAUGCUCAUUGCAACUCCUUACUCUUCCUAACCGCCUUUUUGUAUAUAGACGAUGUAAUUUAUCUGAUCUAAACAUGGAUGUCAUGAACUAUAUAAUUAACUUUAAUAUCAUUCCCCAAAACAACCCAAGGUUUUCGAUCUUUUAGUAUUGUAACCCCACUUUAAAACUUGUAUGAUGUACCAUUUACAAUUUACAAUAGCAUACUAGUGUGCGCUU